CUAAAGCGGACAGAUAUACAACCGGUGGAACGAUGACACGCCACUGGCUUUAUACAGCCAAAUUCACUAACUUUAACAAGUGAUGUUAUUAUAAAGAUAAGCGUUUUCAAUAACCCCAGGGUAAUAUAAUGAAACGCCUCAUAUAUUAACAGUAAUAACGCGUCGCUGUAAGCCGCUUUAAGACUGCGCGCAGGUGGAUGGAAAUAGAAGCGGUCGAGCUGAGAUGUGGACCUGACAGAAAACUUUUGCGUCAAACAGCGAAGAAUGAACAGCGAUGAUUUUAGAGCUUACUGUGACCUUCUUUUCUCCUUUAAAGACAGAACAUAACGGGACGCAGUUCCAAAGCGCUUCGGAGUUCAGCGGAACUUUCGGAGUGUUCAGAAACGCGCAAAUAAUGGCAAAGAAACGGGUUUUAUCGGUCAGUUUUAUCAAGGGAUUCCCAGAUGACAGGUUAUUAUAGAGGCAGACAUGCCAGCCAACCUCACCGUCUCCAGCCACACCACGAACUACAGCUUCCCAGCGCUCAUCUUCGGGAUAUUAUUGAUCAUUAUCAUCAUCUGCGGGAACGUGCUGGUGUGUCUGAGCGUUUACACGGAGAAAGCGCUGAAAACCACAACCAACUACUUCAUAGUCAGUUUGGCUGUUGCUGAUUUGUUUUUGGCUGUUCUGGUCUUACCGCUGUUCGUGUAUGCAGAGUUCCAGGAUGGGGUUUGGUCCCUCAAUAUGACCGUAUGUGAUGGACUGAUGACCAUGGAUGUGAUGCUAUGCACCGCCUCUAUAUUUAACCUCUGCGCCAUCAGCAUAGACAGGUUCAUCGCAGUCUCCGUCCCUCUUAAUUACAACCGCAAACACGUGGACCAGCGACAGAUUGUCCUGCUUUCCGCCACAUGGAUCCUGGCCUUGGCCGUGGCCUCCCCCGUGAUGUUCGGAAUCAACAACGUCCCCAACCGGGACCACAGCGAAUGCAAGCUGGAGGACAACAACUACGUGGUGUACUCCUCCGUCUGUUCGUUUUUCGUGCCAUGCCCCAUCAUGCUUUUGCUGUACUGCGGGAUGUUCCGGGGCCUGAGGAACUGGGAGGCGGCGAGGAAAACCAAGCUGAGGAGCAGCAUGCAGGCCUGCAGAAAGCUUCAGGAGGCCGCCGCGUCCCUGCAGCCGCUGUCUGGCCUGCCGCCCCCUCUGCCGCCCGUGAUCGAGAAAGACCUGAGUGACAUUACCUUAGAGGAGCUGGACCACGAUCACUACCCCGAUCCUGACAGCCCGGAUCCCGUGUCCAUGCUCGCAUACCCCGCCAGGAGCUACAAUAAAGAUCAAAACCAGAACCAGCAAAGGAAGAGAGCGAAAAUAAACAGGAGGGAGAGGAAAGCCAUGAGGGUGCUUCCUGUUGUAGUAGGGGGCUUCCUGUUCUGCUGGACGCCAUUCUUCGUAGUGCACACGAUGAGGGCUCUCUGCGAAGACUGCGACAUCCCCAGCAGCGUCACCAGCAUCGUGACCUGGUUAGGCUACGUCAACAGUGCCCUCAACCCUAUCAUCUACACCGUCUUUAACACAGAGUUCAGGAAGUUCUUCCGGAAGUUCUUGCCGACUCUGCCCAACUGCUGCUAGCCUGAACAUGCUCUCUGCUAACGGUUUACGAACAAAACAAACCCAAAAGUAUAAAUGAACCAGACAAAUAACGCUUACAUGUAAAUACAGCACGUUGUAUGAAACAAGUAUGGUUAUAAUGCACUAAGAUGUUUGCUGCCAUUACGUUUUUUAUUUUACGGUUUAAUUUCAAAUGUUUACAUUUUGAGAGUUGACAUCAAACAGACUCUUUCAUGAAGCGCAAGCAGGAUGAAUUUGCGUAAAUCUUUCGUAAAAUCAUUCUUGCAUAAACUGUGACAUUUCAUUAAAUGAAAACAGAACAAAUUUGUGUACAUUUUUGCUUAUCGUGUGUGUACACCAAAAGCGAAUUGAAUAUUCGCAUUGUGUUAUUUAAUCUAGAUUACCUUUGCGUUUUUCACGUCACUUGUGCGAAUAAAAAAAAAUCACUCAUGCUCUCCUCCAUUUUCUGUUACAUCCGGACGUGUCAAUAAGCUCUUCUUCACUGAUUGGCUUGCGUGACAACACGUCAUGCGAAUUUUCCUGCUCAAAUUGAAAUUUGUCUACUUGCGCGAAAGACACGAUUGCGCACAUUCACUACAAUCGCGUUG